UGGCCAAGCAGAGGGAGCCAAUAGGGGGCGGCGUUGUUGGGAGGACGGUGCUGUCAGGCGGAGCAGAGACGAUGGCGGCCGCGCUGGGCCGCCUGUGGGAGCGGGCCGCUGGCGGCAGGCUUUUUCUGCUCCAGCAAGUUGCAGUCCAUCCCUCCCAGCUCCUGUCAGCAUCAGUCUUCACACAUUGCCGGGAGCUGCCUUUCAGCCACCUCUCCUUGAAGCCCACAGGCACCAUCCCCUCCUUCACCAGCCCAGUGCCCUCCUGGAGCCAUCAGCAGAUCCGCACAAAAGCGCGUGGGAACGAGUAUCAGCCCAACAACCGCAAGCGCAAACGGACCCACGGCUGGAUCAAACGCAUCAGCACACCGGCUGGGAUCGAGGUGAUCCUCCGGCGCAUGCUGAAAGGCAGGAAGUCUCUGACCCACUGAAGGUUUGGUGUGGGGUGAGCUGGAACAGAGCCCUGGAGCUGCUAUGGGUUUGGAGCACCUCAUCUUGGGUCCUUGUACUGAGAGAAGGGCUGUGAUGGGCAGCAGUGACCGACUGCUCUUCCCGUGUUGGAAGCGUGUGGGGAAUUGCACUGAGAGCGGCCUCCAAGGGCUUUGUUUGAUGGCUGCUUUCUGCUUUUCUAAUUGUGAGGUUGUUGCCACUUGUGUGUACAAUUGUAAGAUCACCUUGUGAAAACACAAGCAUUAAUUAAAGCCUAGCAACUUGCGCUGAA